ACAUGUAAAUAGGUUAAGAUAAUUUCACUUGACAUGGCAUCAAAACCGAAAACUAUGGCUGGAACACACUUUCUCGCAUUUCUUACUGUCUUUAAUUUUGCCGCUUUGGUGUGUGUCACUAUUUAUCACAUACAUUAUGAAAAUACCAGUCAGGAUAUAUCAUUUGGCAAUGUUGUUGGUGAAGUAAAGAACGAAGUUAAACAAUUGUUACAUCCAAAAACUAAACGUAGCGUUAAUAAAAGCUCUAAACAAACUGAUAUCCACGCUAUUGUAGAGGACGUCAUCAGAGAACGGGAAAAGAAAAUUUUGGACGAAUGUGUGAAGGCAUCUCAACAAGAAGUGUAUAAAAUACUUCAAGAUGCAGCAGUUUACCUGAAGUCCGCCACUACCACUGAGCCUGUUCAGAAACGCCAGGCUGUCAACACUACUGGGAAUGAACUCGCGUCGAUAUUUGGAGAAAUUGCUAAAACAGAGGUUGAUAUUUUGACAAGAUAUUGCGGUAACAACAGUAAAAUAUGCUUACCAGGGCAAAAAGGUGAACCUGGGUUAUAUGGUAUACCCGGAGCUAAAGGUGACCAUGGAGUUAUGGGUCCACAAGGAUUAAAAGGAGAACCAGGAACUGGUGGUCAAAAUGGAACCAAAGGUGAAAGAGGACCAACAGGUCCAGACGGGAAAGCAGGACUACCUGGUCCUAAAGGAGAUAAAGGUGAAAGGGGACAAAUGGGACUGUAUGGUGUUCCAGGAACUAAAGGUGACCGUGGAGUUAUGGGACCCCAAGGCAUUAAAGGUGAAAUUGGUCUUCCUGGAUUGAAGGGUGCUAGAGGGGAUCCAGGCGUAGGAGGAAGUCCAGGUUUACCCGGUCCAAAAGGUGAAAAGGGAGACGAUUCUGUUGUUUCUGCUACCCCAUGUUGUACAAGUCUAGGUAUUCCAGAGUUUAAACAACAAGUUGAAGAAAUUAAGGUGACUGAAGGAUCGAACGUGACACUGACCUGUAACCCGGCUGGUUACCCACCUCCCCAACUCUCCUGGAACCCUAAUCCAUCCGGUUUAGAUCAGACUAGAACGGCUAUUUCACCUAAAUCAAUCACGAUGUCCAAUCUUCACGUGACAGACAGUAAGAUGUACACGUGCUUGGCGAAGAACGCUCUUGGGGACUCCGAGAAAAACUUCAAUCUCAAAGUUUAUCAGCACUUGAAGUUUGACAAGGUUCCACAAAACUAUACAGUAAUGAUAGGGAACCCAGUAACACUGGAAUGUCAAGUUGAAGGACCCCUUAAUCCGCAAGUCUCGUGGUAUAAGGUGAUGCCAGAUGGUACAAAGUUACAAGUGACCAAUGGUAUAACUUCAGUCAUAAAUGGUUCACGGCUUCACUUUGACAGAAUGGACAGUGGACGGGUUGGUCAAUAUGUUUGUGAGGGCAACAAUGGUGUAGAAAAAGUACAAAUGUCUGCUUUCCUCAACACUUUUGGACCACCUCAUAUUACAUCUCCACCAGUAGUAACAGCUGUUAAGGGUCAAACAAUUAAACUUACAUGUAAUGCUGACGCCAGACCCCCAGCUACUAUUUCAUGGACAUUUCCGCCUGGAGUAACAAACGCCUACAAGGACACAGAUGGAUCUCUGGUGAUAGUAAACGCUCAAACUACAGACGCUCGCUAUUUUAUAUGCCAUGCCAAAAAUCAGUACGGUACAGAUGAAGCGCAGAUAACUCUUAACGUUAAAGUACCUGCAGAGGUAAGUGUAUCCCCAGACAAGACACCGAUAGUACCUGGUGGUACAGUUAUCAUACAAUGUAAUGCUGACGGAGACCCUAGACUCACUGUAGAAUGGUACAAAGACGGAAAUCAGAUAACAGGAAGCGGUCAUGUUUUUAUAUUACCUGGAGGGAAUUCAGGCAAAAUUCUAAUGAUAAAUCAAGCCAGUAACGCAGAUCAGGGAGAGUAUACAUGUAAAGCAAGUAAUUCUUUAGGGACAGCGUCUGCAACAUCGUAUGUUUAUUCAAAUGCUGGUGAUGUGAAGUGUUUCGAUGCCUUCACUGUUUGUUCAUCAGAAAUAUGCGGAGUUAACUGCCCAGCUAAUUGUGCCUCAAGCCCAGCUAGUGUUAGCGGAGGUCCAGUACAGUAUAGUAAGGUAUCAAGUGUUUGUAAGAGUGGAUUGAGCAGUGGCGUUAUAACCAAUGCAGGAGGGACAGUUAUUUGGAAGAACACAAACAUGGCGGUUCUACUUGGAGUUAAUCAGACUUCAACAACUCCUUAAUCUUAAAGACUGAAAAACAUGGUGGACCGGGGAAACAUGCUCGACUUAAAAAGUCUGUUUUCUUUGCAGAUAUGUUAUACUGUUAAUAAUAAAAGUUGAAUAAAAACCUUCA